UAGCGCUUGUUAGAAAGCGCGCUAUCUAUGACUAUGAUCAUAGAUAGCGCUUGUUUAAAAAGGCGCUAUCUAUAUCUAUUUAAUAUUAUUUUUUUAAUUAAUAUUUUAAAAUAUAAUAAUAAAAGCAAAAUAGAUAGCGCUUGUUGUAGGGAGCGCUAUCUAUGGGGAUUAAAAAACUGCUUCCUCCCGCUACUACACUCUGCUUCCAAUUUGACGUUCGCUCCAAGCUUCCUCGUGCUGCUCCUCGUUUUCACUCUUCGNAUUGCUUCUUCGCGCUGUUCGUUGGUUUGAUUCGCGCUUCUCCUCCGUUUGAUCAGUGGCUAGGGCUCCUGUCCUUCGUUUCAUCAACGUUAGGCUCCUUCUCCUCCGUUCACAUUACUUUAGGGCUUCUUCUCCUCCGUUCACAGUGCGUUAAGGGUCCCGUUUCUCCUUCGUUUCAGGACUUCCAUUUUCAGAAUCUGUGUUCGUGCAGGAACCCAUUGUCACUCGCUGCCGGCAAACCCUGAGGGAGAACCCAUUAUCAGGUGUUGAUCUCUAUCAUCUAUGUAUUCUUUUGGAAUUCUUGUACAUAAAUAGGUUUACAUUC